UUUUUCUCAGGGAGUCAAAUCAUAUAAUGACGUCUCUCCAGCUGUAGACGACAGACAGACUUGGGAAGUUGUGUUUGUGUGUUUGAUAAUAAAGGCGGGACUUUUUCCUCUCUUUCGUAUUUACUGUCUUUAGGGUUUUUCUCUCCCGCUUCACUGACUGAGUAAUGAUGUUAAAGGAUUGCGAAGUGGAAGUGUCUUCCGAGGAAGAAGGCUUCGCAGGCGCCUGGUUUCGAGCCGUACUAGAAGAGAACCCGACCAAGUCCGGUCGGAAGAAGCUCCGCGUCCGCUACAUUACUCUGCUUAGCGACGACGGUCUGUCUCCCCUCACCGAGUUCAUCGAGCAGAGGUUCAUCCGUUCGAUCCCGCCGGAGGAUAUGCAGAACGGCGUCGUUUUGGAGGAAGGGACUGCGGUUGAUGCGGAUCACAGAGAAGGGUGGUGGACUGGCUUCAUCUUGAAGAAGAAAGAGGAUGAUAAGUUCUUGGUUUACUUCGAUUCGCCUCCUGAUAUCAUCGAGUUCGAGAGGAGCCAGUUAAGGGCUCAUCUUCACUGGACCGGUUGGAAAUGGAUCGUACCCGACAAGGAGGAACUGGAUGACUCUGUCUUACGCUCGGGAGCAACGGUGGAAGUGUGUUUUGUCAUAGAUAAAACGGAACCUGCGUGGUUCCCGGGGUUGCUGGUUACAGAGAUCGAAGGAGAUGAUGGUGAUAAGUUCAUUGUCAAGGAUAUUAAUCAGCGGUUGAGCUGCAUUGGUGGUGAGACAACACCGACUACAACUGUUGAUGCUUGUCGGGUUAGACCCGUACCGCCUCCUUCCUCCGUUGGAGAGUAUGAGUUGUUGGAACCCGUAGAGGUGUUGCGUGGUUCUGGAUGGUGCCAAGGGUUGGUGAGGAGACUUCUUAGCGAGAAAUCUUACUUGGUUUGUUUAAAAGUUACCAAGGAGGAAUGUGUGGUUCAACACUCGGAACUUCGACCGUUGAUGGUGUGGGAGAAUGGGACUUGGCAUAACAAAUCAAAGCAAAAACAUGUAAAGGAGACUCCUUCAAACAUAUUAAACAAGAACCCAAUGCACUCUUGUUCUGGUCCUAAGCCGCUCGCUAGAGUUGAAGAAACUGUGGCUGCCACUGUAGAGUUGAGAACGAAGAAGAGGGCUGAUGUUGUGAUUAGUGAUAAAACUCCUGCCGUCGUCACAACCACAACACAGCUGAUACAAAGAGAAACUGAAGGAGAAAAAUCCUCUGAGAAGAGAGUUGAGCAAGUGAAGAAUCAUAUUAGCUUAGGAAAUGACUCCAUUCGACCCAAGAUGCCUGAGGAGGAGAAGAACAACGAAGCUAUUAACAGGAAAAGACAAAGAGAACAAGAAAAACCCUCGGACCUGAACAAAGCUGGCAAUUUAUCUACUAGUUCGGAAGAUAGGGCUAGGCAAAGCGGACAAAAGCAAAAAACUGUAAAAGAAACUCCGAAGAAGCCAAUGCGUUCUUCUUCUGGUGCUAAGCCAACAGCUCACGAGAAGGCCACACAGCAUAUGAAGAAACCCUUGAAUCCACUUGACAAUGAAGAGAACACUCUAGCUACGCAUGAGGAGGAGAAGAAGAGUAAGAAAAAGAAAAGAGAACAAGAUAAACACUCGAACCUGAAUGAAGAAGAAGCUGAUGUGAACACCAACAACGUUUCAACAACCGAGAUGAAUGGUACAACAAGUAAAAAUCUAAGCCAUGAUGGUGAAGUUGUGGAUCAACCUCUCUCUGCUUGGAUAGAAAAUUCAUCCACUGAGCUGUCCUCUGAUGCUGUUGCUACCGACAAAACACCAUCCAAAAACACCCUAAUGAAUUUGCCAUUCACAAAGAAGUCACCGUACUGGAAGACCUACGAGACAACGCAAGGUUUCAAAUCCGCUCCGCAGCGACCUCACUUCAGCACACUUCUCGAAUCCAAAAAAGAUCUCUUCCUCCUCGAGUCCACAGCGGUUGGCCUGAUGGUCACCUUCUACGGCUUGCUAGACGAAGUGAAGGAUCUCAAGCUCGACGACUCCACAGGCAAGCUCAACGAUCUCCUCGUCUCCUUUGCCGAGCUAGAGAAGCACGGGUUCGACGUCGAAGCUCCUCAAGCGGUGAUCAACAGAGUGCUGUCUCUCAAAGACGUGCGAGACAAGAAAGCGGAGGAGCAGAAACGUUACGAGGAGAACAUCGAAGAGGAAGAGAGUGCGAGUCUCAAGUUGAAAGAAAGGAGAGCUGAGCUGAGACGCAAAAUCAGUGAGCUGGAGAGACAGGAGGAAGCAGCCGAGAAAAAGAUAGCUGAGAUGAAGGCACAGACGGAUGUGAUUAGCCGAGAGAUUGAAGAUGUGGAGGUCGAGUUUCAGAAAAGUAUAUCAGCUCCAUGGUGACAAGUUAUUUAUAUAUAUAUAUAACCUCUCCCUUCUUUUGUAGUACAUCUUUAAUGAUACUAUCGUGUUGAUGAUGUUGAUGAUGCUGUUUUGUUUAACUCAGACGUAGAUCUGUUCACGUACCAUUGAAUGGGAGUUAGUUUUCUUUU